AGAUCAACUAAAAACGUGGUCAUAAUUCUAGUUUCUUCAAUUUAGGGCUCCACUGACUACCUUUUAUUGGUCUUGGUGCGUCAAUUGUGUUUCUUUUUGGUCGUUGUUAAUACAAUCCCUAUCUUUUGUCGUUCUCGUUGCAGGCACUCGGUUUAUUUUUUGGAAUCGUAUAUGUUGUUGAAGAAUCUCCUACUUGUGUUUCUGCCGUAGAAAAGACCCACGCUUUUCUGAGUUCAAUAUAAGAGAUUUUUCGAAAGCUGGUAGGUAAUGUAAUCUUACGUGAUUGGUAUUUGUUGAUGAAGUUUUACUAGUGUAGUUGGAGGAAGUAUAGCUCCUUCAUCGGUUGAGAGCAAACCAUGUCGAACAUGUCUAGCACUCGGAGAGAAAGGAAACGGCUCGAGAAGGAGCUCCAAGAUAUGCGGGCGAAGAAUGCUCAAGAAGGUGGUGCCGUUACAGCAGACGCAGUAGGGGAAAAUAUCCAGCUUUGGGAAGGUAAGAUUCUUGGGCCGGAGGACUCUCCUUACAACGGCGGAAUCUACAAAAUCAACAUCGAAAUCCCAGACGACUACCCUUACAACCCACCAAAGAUGAAGUUCGCAACGAAAAUAUGGCACCCAAACAUCAGGUACUUCAUUCAAGAAGGAGAUGUAGUUGUAGAUUUAAGUUUUUGUCUGUAAAAAUGUGGAAAGGUGGGUCUACACUAUACAGUAGAUACAACGGUGUUCUUGUUCUUACAGUCUUAAUUAGAAAUGAAAAGUGAUUGUCUUUAGCACAUCAUGUUGAUGAAUAUGAACGUCUGUCGAGUUCGACGACAUCAAGGAAUCAAGAAUUCCGUCCUCCUUUCUAGUACACGUAAACAUGAUCUUCAAUCAUAGUUCGCAAACGGGAGCAAUAUGCCUAGAUGUGCUCGGAAAGGAGUGGUCACCCGCAUUAUCGAUACGAACAGCUCUACUCAGUAUUCAAGCGUUGUUGUCCGCACCCGAGCCAGACGAUCCUCAAGAUGCCGAAGUCGCGAAGCAAUAUAAAUCUAUGAGCAAGUAAUCCUGACUUUAGUUUUCAUCAUGUGAGAUAUGCUAUAGCUAUCACAUGACUAUUUUUGAAUCGCCCGACUAGAAGUAUAAAUUAUGUCUACUUGAUGUUCUUCGACUCACUGGCAUAUUACACCUUGUCCUUGUGAUUCAGUCUGUUACCUAAAAUAAAUCUGCAUGAAAGAGAGAAGUAAUGCCAAGUCAUGAAGGCACGCAGUUCCUGAAAUUGGCUUUCUCUUUCUCCCCCUCUCCGUUCAUACUUUCAAGCCGAGAUGAGUUCUUGAGCACUGCGCGUUAUUGGACGGAAACAUACGCGAUCGCAAACGGCGGCGCAGCGACUCAGUAUGAGAACCCCCAUCAAGGAAAAAUUAAUCAGAUUUUGGAUAUGGGUUUUACAGAAGAACAAGCCAAAGAUGCUCUCGCGCAGAAUGGAUUCAAGCUCCAGGAAGCUGUGCAGAGUUUGUUGGGAUAAAUGAGAAGACAGCAACUCACAUUCAAUUUUCUAGAUGUUUGGAGGAUUGGUUUCCUCCAUGUUGGAACAACUACAACACAUGAACGCAUUAACCCUCAGUCCCUAUUCAAACUCCUGUGUAGAAGCUUUGUCUCUGAAAAAAAUCAGCCGUCGACAUUUUAAUUCACUGAAUUUUAAUCGUGCGCGACUAGCACGACCUGGAUGAAGGAUGAACUGCCUAGAGUCGUAAACUCCUGCAGGUUGUCGCCAAUGCUGCCUGGCCACUUGCUCCAGUUUGAGUAGCCAUAGUUUAACAUCCGACGCUCUCCUACUUCUAAUUCAUAUAUGGACAAGAUUCUACUUGGAGGUGAUCUUCUUAUAAUAAAUGUGAGGACCAUCACCAUUAUCACUGUAACCUAUUAUGCAGAUCAUCCACGUGGUCAUUGAUCCGUUUUAUCAUUUAAUGCGAUGGUUGGUUUUGCUUCAACAUUAUGGCUAUGGGACAAGUCUGAAGAAUCGUUUCCCCUGCCGAUGAGUGGUUCCCCGGAACAACAGGAAUUUUUGGAUUUCCGUCGUGAGCUACCUGAUCCUGCUCGUCAUAGAACAUGAGACACUUUUCACAAUGAAUUCGAGACUCUAGAUCUUGAAGAAGAAUUAGUAGCCCUCCUUGUCGCAGCUUGCAAUGUUUUGAUGUUCGUAUUAUUAAUUUACAUCAUAUUCAUGCGGUUAGAAGGCUUCGACGUGAAGUUGAUCUUGCGCCGACGCCUGGUCGUGAUGCGUUGACAUCUUACUCGGUU